CCUUCGUCAGUUGAAGUCCACUAUCCCUGGCCAACCAACAGGAAAAACAGCCAACCAAAGAAGAAACUGAAAGUCGAGUAAAAACCCAUUAAAAUCAAGGUCCCAAGAAUUUCAACCCCAAAUAGAAGUAUUGUACUUUAAACAAUCUAACCCUUCCCCACUAUAAAAUAUCAACCACCAAGAACUCCCUCGAACUCGUCCCUUUCUCUCUCUACCCCACUCAAAAACCUCUCCCUCCCUCUCUCUCUCUCUCUCUCACUCUCAAAAUCUGUCACUUCAGCACUGUAAGUUUGCUGUGUGCGUGUACAUAAGCUACAAAAAUUUUGAUUUUCUGGUUAAUUUCCAAAUUUCCCAGUUGGGUUUUGCAACUCAUGUCUGUUGAAAAGUUUCUCUCUUUCAUGGACCUCCCUGAGCUCUGCAAAUUCCAGAGCUUUUGUUCUCAGAAAGCUAGAGUUUUGCUUCUCCUAGCUGUUUUCACCAAACCCUUUUCUGGGUUGCCUUCUCAUUGCUUUGCUCUCACUGCUUGUGGGAAUUUUUUAAACCAAUAAAAUCACCCCUUUUAAUUUUGCUUCAAGUUACAACUCAAUUAAUAAUUUAAUACAGUGGUUAAUUUAUUAAUUUAAUCAUUGUUACUGUUACUUUUAUUAUUUUAUUGCUCUCUAAUUAGUAGUUACUUCCUACUCUGGAGGAGUUUUUUGGGUGCGGAGAUUUUUGAGAUUUGGUGAUGAUGCCAGCCAUUCUUCAGCUGGUUAAUCUCUUUGUCAUUGGGUUAGCUUUAGCUUUUGCUUUUGCUCUCCAAGGAUCUGCAGGGUUAAAUAUAUCACCAUCACCAGAACCUCUCUCCGUGAAUCCUCCCGUUGAAACAGCACCCCCUCCUCUCACUGACAGAAGGUCGUUCACAAGCAAUGUACCAAUCCCCGCAUUACAGCCAAAUGGGUCCAAUUUGCACCCACCGCCUGCAAUGCCCCCUCUUCUGUCCGCCACACUGCCCCCAAAUAGUGCUCCUCCACCACCAAGUGUUGAAGGUCAAGUCCCAUUUAUGCCACCAAAAACUGCUCCUCCACCACUAAGUACUGAAGUUCAUGUACCGACUGCGCCGCCAAAUAAUGUUCCUCCACCAAGUGUUGAAAGUCAAGUACCGUCUGUGCCACCAAAGGGUGCUCCUCCUCCACUAAGUAUUGUGGUUCCUGUACCGUCUACGCUGCCAAAUAAUGCUCCUCCACCACCAAGUGUUGAAGGUCAUGCACUAUCUGUGCCACCAACAAAUUCUCCUCCACCACCAAGUGUUGAAGGUCAUGUACCGCCUACGCCACAAGUUAAUGUUCCUCCACCACUGAGCAUUGAAGUUCAUGUACCUACUGCACCACCAAAUAAUGCUCCUUCACCACCAAGUGUUGAAGGCCAUCUACCGCCUAUGCCACCAAAAACUGCUCCUCCACCACCAAGUGUUGGAGGUCAUGUACCAUCUUUGCCACCUCCUAAUUCUCCUCCACCAGCAAGUGUUGAAGGCCAUGUACCGCCUAUGCCACCAAAAAUUGCUCCUCCACCACUAAGCACUGAAGUUCAUGUACCGUCAGCUCCGGCAACUAAUGCUCCUCCACCACCAAGUGUCGAAAAUCAAGUACCGUCUCUGCCACCAAAAGGUGCUCCUCCACCACUAAGGAUGGAAGUUCAUGUACCAUCUACGCUACCAAAUAAUGCUCCUCCACCACCAAGUGUUGAAGGUCAUGUACCGUCUGUGCCACCAACUAAUUCUCCUCCACCACCAAGUGUUGAAGGUCAUGUACCGCCUAAGCCACCAAUUAACGUUCCUCCUCCACUAAGCAUUGAAGUUCAUGUACCUUCUGCACCACCAAAUAAUGCUCCUCCACCACCAAGUGUUGGAGGUCAUGUACCAUCUAUGCCACCUCCUAAUUCUCCUCCACCAGCAAGUGAUGAAGGCCAUGUACCACCUAUGCCACCAAAAACUGCUCCUCCACCACUAAGUACUGAAGUUCAUGUACCGUUAGCGCCAGCAACUAAUGCUCCUCCACCACCAAGUGUUGAAAGUCAAGUACCGUCGGUGCCACCAAAAGAUACUCCUCCACUACCAAGUGUUGAAGGUUAUGUACCAUCUUUGCCACCAGCUAAUUCUCCUCCAUCACCAAGUGUUGAAGGUCGUGUACCGCCUACGCCACCAAUUAAUGUUCCUCCACCACUAAGCAUUGAAGUUCAUGUACCUACUACACCACCAAAUAACGCUCCUCCGCCACCAAGUGUUGAAGGUCAUGUACCAUCUAUGCCACCAACUAAUUCUCCUCCACCUGCAAGUGUUGAAGGCCAUGUACCGCCUAUGCCACCAAAAACUGCUUCUCCACCACUAAGUACUGAACAUGUACCGUCAGAGCCACCAAAUAAUGCUCCUCCACCACCAAGUGUUGAAAGUCAAGUACCGCCUUUGCGACCAAAAGAUGCUUCUCCUCCACCACCAAGUGUUGAAAGUCAAGCACCGUCGGUGCCACCAAAAGAUGCUCCUCCACUACCAAGUGUUGAAGGUCAUGUACCAUCUUUGCCACCAGCUAAUUCUCCUCCAUCACCAAGUGUUGAAGGUCGUGUACCGCCUACGCCACCAAUUAAAGUUCCUCCACCACUAAGCAUUGAAGUUCAUGUACCUACUGCACCACCAAAUAAUGAUCCUCCGCCACCAAGUGUUGAAGGCCAUGUACGAUCUAUGCCACCGACUAAUUCUCCUCCACCACCAAGUGUUGAAGGCCAUGUACCGCCUAUGCCACCAAAAACUGCUUCUCCACCACCAAGUACUGAACAUGUACCGUCAGAGCCACCAAAUAAUGCUCCUGCACCACCAAGUGUUGAAAGUCAAGUACCGUCUUUGCCACCAAAAGAUGCUUCUCCUCCACCACCAAGUGUUGAAAGUCAAGCACCGUCGGUGCCACCAAAAGAUGCUCCUCCACUACCAAGUGUUGAAGGUCAUGUACCAUCUCUGCCACCAGCUAAUUCUCGUCCACCACCAAGUGUUGAAGGUCAUGUACCGCCCACACCACCAAUUAAUGUUCCUCCACCAUUAAGCAUUGAAGUUCAUGCACCUACUGCACCACCAAAUAAUGCUCCUCCACCACCAAAUGUUGAAGGUCAUGUACCAUCUAUGCCACCAACUAAUUCUCCUCCACCUGCAAGUGUUGAAGGCCAUGUACCGCCUAUGCCACCAAAUAAUGCUCCUCCACCACUAAGCAUUGAAGUUCAUGUACCUUCUGCACCACCAAAUAAUGCUCCACCGCCAAGUGUCGAAGGCCAUGCACUGCCUAUGCCACCAAAUAAUGCUCCUCCACCAUUAAGUAUUGAAGUUCAUGUGCCGUCUGCACCACCAAAUACUGCUCCUCCACCACCAAGUGUUGAAGGUCAUGUACCGUCUAUGCCGCCAACUAAUGCUCAUCCCCCGCCAAUUGUUGAAGGUCAUGUACCGUCUAUGCCACCAACUGCUUCUCAAACAAAGGCACCAGUUAAUAAGAGUCCUAUCUCAGUGCCAGUUGCUCCAGUACCCGUUGAAACACCACCCGGGAAUUUGCCACAAAUUUCACCGGCCAUCCAUUCAAGUACACCAGAAACUUCACCAUUUGCUCCUCAAAGACAUGCGCCAGACAAUAAGGCUCCCAUACCAGAACCAAUUGCUCCAGCAGUACCAGUUGCAUCACCAACAAGCAAUUUUCCACAAAACCCGCCAUCCAUUCACCCAGUUACACCUGGAGAAUCUCCAUCUACAUUUCCUGAUCCUGAAGUCUCUCCUGCAUCAUCUGCUCCACCCAGCAUCAACGGGAAAAGGAGUCAUUUUCCAGUUCUUGCACCACCAUAUGAAGCUCCCAAGCCAUCACUACCCGUGGGUCAUACCCCAGCUGAAGCUCCUUCCGUCCGCAAACCUGUGGUUUCAUCUCCUCCCCCGAGCAUUAACUGGAAAAGGGGUCGAAUACCAGUUGUUGCACCAUCAUACGACACUCCCAAACCAUCACCACCCAUGGGCCAUACCCCAGCUAAAGCUCCUGCUGUCCACAAACCUGUGAGACAUUAUAAACUUGCUCCUGCACCGUCUAUUUCAUCCCCUGAACCACCUUUUGAUAAAGGGCAACAUUCUCCUGCAUCUUCACCUUCAAUGACUUUCCAUAAGAAUCAUCAAGCGCCAUCAUAUCUGGUUUCUCCUCCCACUCCAGAACAGCCAGGCCCAGUGAUGCCACCGGUAUCAUUUCAAACAGGCAGGCAAAGACACUAUGCUCCGCCACCCCUAAAUCCAGCGUCUUCAGUCUCUCCAUCUCGUUUGCCUGAUGCUCCAUCAGUGAGCCAUUUUUCGCCUGCUCCUUCUCCAUCUUUAAAAGGACCAACUCACGAAACCAAAUUGCGCCCUAAGAUUUCUCCAUCUGGAGCUCCAGCAAAGAGCCCAAAAGGGGCACCACCGCUGCCACUAGUUCAAGUAUUCCCACCACCACCUCCCAAUCAAGAUUGUUCGUCAACUAUUUGCACCGAUCCAUAUACAAAUACCCCUCCUGGGUCACCUUGUGGCUGUGUCUUGCCUCUGCAAGUUGGACUGCGACUUAGUGUCGCACUGUAUACCUUCUUUCCCUUGGUUUCAGAGCUAGCCCAGGAAAUUGCUGUCGGGGUUCUUAUGCAACAAAGUCAGGUCCGCAUUAUUGGAGCCAAUGCAGCUACCCAGCAACCAGACAAGACAGUUGCCCUCAUUGACCUGGUUCUCGGGCAAAAGUUCGAUAACACCACAGCUUUUUUGACUUCCCAGAGAUUUUGGCAUAAAGAAGUUGUUAUAAACGCAUCAUACUUUGGCGACUAUGAAGUACUAUUUGUGCGGUAUCCAGGUUUACCCCCGUCUCCACCUUCUUUGGACAUUGAUGCAAUGAAUGCGGGGCCGUAUCCUGGUAAUGACAACAAUGGAAGGACGACAAAGCCCCUCGGGGUUGACGUGCACAAGAGGAAGAAUAAAAAUGGUCUUAGUGGUGGGAUAAUUGCUAUUAUUGCUUUGUCUACCUUUGUAGCAGUUGCUUUAUGCUCUGCUGCUGCUUGGGUUUUUCUGUUCAAACCUAGAGACCACUCUUCUCAACCAGCAGCAAUUCCGCGGGCUACACUACCUUCUUCUGGAAAACCAUCAGGUACUGCUGGGUCGAUGAUGGAAAGUAGGCACAGUUCCUUGUCGUUAUCAUUCGGAUCCAGCAGUGCACCAUAUACAGGAUCCGCUAAUACUUUCAGUGCGAGUGAUAUUGAGAGAGCCACUAACAACUAUGAUGAUUCAAGAGUACUUGGGGAAGGUGGCUUUGGGCGUGUUUAUAGUGGCGUUCUUGAAGACGGGACCAAGAUUGCCGUCAAAGUUCUAAAAAGAGAUGAUCAUCAUGGUGGUCGGGAGUUUUUGGCUGAAGUUGAGAUGCUUAGUCGUCUUCAUCAUCGAAAUUUGGUCAAGUUGAUUGGCAUAUGCACAGAAGUGCAUAGCCGCUCCUUGGUUUAUGAGCUCAUUCCUAAUGGCAGUGUGGAAUCUCAUUUACAUGGAAUUGACAAGGUCAGUGCUCCGCUUAAUUGGGUGCAACGCAUGAAAAUAGCACUUGGGGCUGCUAGGGGGCUGGCGUAUCUACACGAGGAUUCCAGCCCCCGUGUCAUUCACAGGGAUUUCAAAACCAGCAAUAUUUUGCUAGAAGAUGAUUUUACACCGAAAGUGUCCGACUUUGGUUUGGCGCGAACUGCCAUGGAUGAGGAAAACAGACACAUAUCAACACGGGUCAUGGGAACUUUUGGGUAUGUGGCUCCAGAAUAUGCAAUGACUGGGCAUCUUCUUGUCAAGAGUGAUGUAUACAGCUAUGGGGUUGUCCUUCUCGAACUCUUAACUGGAAGAAAACCGGUAGACAUGUCACAGCCACCUGGUGAAGAAAACCUAGUUGCAUGGGCCCGGCCGCUUCUCACUAGUAAAGAAGGGUUGGAAGCAAUCAUAGAUCCAAAUGUAGGAUCCGAGGUCCCAUUUGAAAGUAUCGCCAAAGUGGCAGCUAUUGCUUCGAUGUGUGUACAGCCAGAGGUAUCACACCGCCCUUGUAUGGGCGAGGUUGUCCAGGCCUUAAAACUGGUAUGCAAUGAGUUUGAUGAGGCGAAAGAAUUUGGUUCAAAGAGUUAUAGCCAAGGCGAUUUGUCCAUUGAUGUGGCUGAUGACACAAAUACUACCUCAGGACAGUUGCCAGAUACUUUCCAAAACCAGUAUUCCAUGCUGACCUAUGAUUCUGACCUCGAGACAGAGCGGGAAGCAUCAUUGUCAAAUAUUUGUAGUACAUCAAUGAGCACGGGGAGGCAAGAUACCGAAUCAUUCAGGAGGCACUCCAGUUCAGGUCCUUUGGGAACAGGAAGGAGUAAGCAGUUCUGGGAGAGACUUAGGAGAUCAUCCGGGGGCAGUGUGAGCGAGCACGGGUUUAUGUUCAAAUUAUGGCAAGGCUCCCCCCAUUGAACGCUUACUUACUAGCUUAAAAUGUUCGGUUUCUUGCUCGAUUCCGAAUUCUCAGAUCACCAUGCAAACAACGCGCAUUUGCAGAACACUGUCAAGACAGGUCUGCUGAGCAUGGGAACUCGGAUACGAGCAAAGUUGUGCAGAUGUGUAGAUAAACGUUGAAACGGUAACUGGAGCUUAAGCAUAUAAGCAGGGUUCGGAUCAACCUACUGAAUUUUCAGAGUUGAAGCAUCAAAAGUUUUGGAUCAUAGGCUACUUGGAGUUUUUUUUUUUUUUUUUUUUUUGUGUGUGUAAAUUUGUAUAUGAUAUUUGUGUAUUAUUCAGGGAAAGAGGACGCUCUUUGUUACCAAGAAUGUACAGAACAUUUUCCGUUCCAAAAAAAAAAAAAAAUGUACAGAACAUUUCCUGC